AUGCCUCUGUAUAAAUCCGAUGAUACUUGUCAGCUGCUGGGUCCGGUGUCGAUUGCCAUUCAGCUAAUGAUGGGAGUCGCAGCAGUUGCGGCGCUGCUAGUGAAGAGAAACCAUGAACAUCCCAGGAGGAAGAUGAUUGUAUGGAUGUAUGACGUUGGUAAGCAGAUAAGCGGAGCACUAGCGAUCCACUUCAUAAACUUGGGACUUAGCAUCCUGCAGAGGCAAGGACCAGACCUGGUCCGGAUACUGCAAGGCGAUGAUGAGGGCAGCGACAGCGAAUGCGACUGGUACUUUGUGAACCUGCUUCUCGAUACCACAUUGGGUAUACCGAUACUGUGGGGUUCGCUGAUCCUUAUAGAGGCAGUUCUUGGGUUUUUGCAUGUUACCAACGUCGAGAGCGGCAACUACUUUCCCAAGUAUGAUGACGAAGCGCCAGCGGAGAAGAGACCGAUGUUUAGUGCGUUCCUGAAACAACUCCUGGUGUUCAUUGGCGCUCUCGCGCUCAUGAAACUUUGCAUUCUCCUCAUCUUGAAAUACUUCGAGAAUGCGGCUUAUUGGUUUGCAGACCUGAUCCUUGGCUGGUCCGACAAGUGGCCGAAUUUUCAAGUGUUUCUUAUCAUGUUUGUGUGCCCCAUACUGCUCAAUUGCUUCCAGUACUUUUGCGUCGACAACAUCAUCAAGCUGCCCACAUACUGUGUUAACCUCGACAAUGUUGAUAAUUUUGAAACAGACUCCCUUGGCGAAGAGACACUUCCAAAAAGCGCCGCAGCUCACAACUACACACAGUCGGCCCCAAAGCGAUGGGAUGGAAAUUCCGAAUACGGAAGCAUUCUCUGA